CCCUUUCUCUCAGCCAUGGCGAUCACUCUCCACUUCGGCCGAAUUCCACCGCGUAACGAUCUCUUCCUCUCAGAGAGCCUCGCCAGGAGGGUAUCUCUCAGUUGCCGGAAACCCUUCACCGUCCGAUGCUCCGGCGACUCCUCUUCCUCCUCCGUCGAGUCCGACUUCGACGCCAAGGUCUUCCGCAAGAACCUCACUCGAAGCAAGAACUACAACCGCAGAGGCUUCGGCCACAAAGAGGUGACACUGGAGCUCAUGAACCGCGAGUACACAAGCGAUAUUAUCAAGACGUUGAAGGAGAACGGGUUCGAGUACACCUGGGGAAACGUGACGGUGAAGCUCGCGGAGGCGUACGGAUUCUGUUGGGGCGUUGAGAGAGCCGUGCAGAUUGCUUACGAGGCCAGAAAGCAGUUUCCCGAUGAUAAGAUUUGGAUCACCAACGAAAUCAUCCACAAUCCAACGGUCAAUAAGAGGUUGGAGGAGAUGAAGGUGGAGAACAUUCCGAUAGAGGAAGGUCAAAAGCAGUUUGAGGUGGUGAACAAGGGCGAUGUGGUCAUUUUGCCUGCUUUCGGAGCCGGAGUGGAUGAGAUGCUCGACUUGAGUAACAGAGAUGUUCAAAUUGUUGACACUACUUGCCCCUGGGUUUCCAAGGUUUGGAAUACUGUGGAGAAGCACAAGAAAGGAGAUUACACUUCGAUCAUUCAUGGGAAAUAUUCUCAUGAGGAGACUGUGGCCACUGCUUCUUUUGCCGGGAAGUACGUUAUAGUCAAAAACAUGGAUGAGGCAACGUAUGUGUGUGACUAUAUUCUUGGCGGGGAACUUAAUGGGUCUAGCUCAACUAAAGAGGCGUUUAUGGAGAAAUUUAAAAAGGCACUCUCUCCGGGGUUUGAUCCAGACAGAGACCUGGUAAAAGUUGGGAUUGCAAAUCAGACAACAAUGCUUAAGGGGGAAACUGAAGAGAUUGGAAAAUUAGUAGAGAAGACCAUGAUGCGUAAGCACGGAGUGGAAAAUAUAAAUGACCACUUUGUCAGCUUCAACACAAUAUGUGAUGCAACUCAGGAGCGACAAGAUGCAAUGUACAAGCUCGUAGAGGAAAAGCUAGAUCUUUUGUUAGUCAUUGGCGGGUGGAACUCAAGUAACACCUCUCACCUACAAGAGAUUGCAGAAGAACGUGGAAUUCCCUCGUAUUGGAUUGAUAGUGAGAAGAGAAUAGGCCCUGGAAACAGAAUAGCUUAUAAGCUCAAUCAUGGCGAGUUGGUCGAGAAAGAAAACUGGCUGCCGGAAGGUCCUGUCACUAUUGGAGUGACAUCUGGGGCAUCUACUCCCGAUAAGGUUGUUGAAGACACUCUUAUCAGGGUGUUCGACCUCAAGCGUGAAGAAGUCCUGCAACUAGCUUAAUCCAAGUUGGGCAUCAUCAUUGGUACACCGUACCCGGUUAUGCACGCAUCUUGAUCGUUGUCUAAUCGAGCGGAAGGUCUUACUGUAUCUUAUUUUGUAAGGCUCCUUGUACCCUAGAAGUGUAAACUCAUAUACAAGUUCCUCAAUAACAUUCUCAAUGCAACCGAAGUUUUGCAUAUUA